AUGACAAUAAACCACCUCCACCAAAAACCGCCUGUGAAACCACCUCCGCCCGGUGAUGACAAUAAACCACCUCCGCCCGGUGAUGACAAUAAACCACCUCCACCAAAACCCUGUGAAACCACCUCCGCCCUGGAUGACAAUAAACCACCUCCGCCCGGUGAUGACAAUAAACCACCUCCACCAAACGUGAAACCACCUCCGCCCGGUGAUGACAAUAAACCACCUCCGCCCGGUGAUGACAAUAAACCACCUCCACCAAAACCGCCUGUGAAACCACCUCCGCCCGGUGAUGACAAUAAACCACCUCCACCACAACCGCCUGUGAAACCACCUCCGCCCGGUGAUGACAAUAAACCACCUCCACCACAACCGCCUGUGAAACCACCUCCGCCCGGUGAUGACAAUAAACCACCUCCACCACAACCGCCUGUGAAACCACCUCCGCCUGGUGAUGACAAUAAACCACCUCCGCCCGGUGAUGACAAUAAACCACCUCCACCAAAACCGCCUGUGAAACCACCUCCGCCCGGUGAUGACAAUAAACCACCUCCGCCCGGUGAUGACAAUAAACCACCUCCACCAAAACCGCCUGUGAAACCACCUCCGCCUGGUGAUGACAAUAAACCACCUCCGCCCAGUGAUGACAAUAAACCACCUCCACCACAACCGCCUGUGAAACCACCUCCGCCCGGUGAUGACAAUAAACCACCUCCGCCCGGUGAUGACAAUAAACCACCUCCACCAAAACCGCCUGUGAAACCACCUCCGCCCGGUGAUGACAAUAAACCACCUCCGCCCGGUGAUGACAAUAAACCACCUCCACCAAAACCGCCUGUGAAACCACCUCCGCCCGGUGAUGACAAUAAACCACCCCAACCGCCUGUGAAAACCACCUCCGCCCGGUGA